CUCUCAACCCGCCAGCUCCCUCGAAACAUGGUCAACUCUGCGCAUUAUGACUGAUGUGAAGCUUGAAUACAUCAGCGUGGGUGGCAAUCGGCAUCCUGCCGCUGCAGAUUGGGACCGCCAUUCAGGCAUCCUUGCCUUCGGUGCGGACAACAACAUCGCACUAUGGGAUCCUCUUGAAAAGAACCACACUGGCAUCCAUGCUCUGUUGAAAGGCCAUACGGACUCUGUUAAUGCCGUCAAAUUCAUAUCUGCCGCUGGCUUUCCAGAUCCGCUUCUCAUUAGUGGAUCUGUAGACAAGACGGUUCGGAUAUGGCGAAGAUCGAACUCGGAUUCGACGUCCUGGGCCGAGGUUGCGAAGCUGGAUGCGCACGCGGCUUCCAUCAAUUGCAUCGCAGAGCUUUCGUCACAGAACAUUUUUGUGACGGGGGCGGCAGAUGCCACCGUCAAGGUGUGGCAGAUCCAGUCUGACAGCGCAAAAACUGAGGACGUGGAGGUCGCUCUCCUCCAGGAAAUCCAGAUUUCACCAAGAUUCUUUCCUUUGGCUAUUGCCAUCGCCAGCCUCGCCCCUCGUUCAAACGCUAAAACGGGUGAGCUGAUUUUAGCAAUUGCUGGAACGAAAGCUUCGAUACAAAUUUAUGUCGCAAAAGGCGAAGAUCCUGCAUCGAGUCAUUUCUCGUUAGUGGCGACGUUGACGGGUCACGAAGCGUGGAUACGAUCUUUGGCAAUCGUAAACGAGAUACCGGGUGAUGCGUCAAGCGACUUCAUUCUGGCGUCCGCGAGCCAAGAUAAAUACAUCCGACUGUGGCGGAUCCAUCGUGGACAUGACCUUCCCACCUCAAGUCGAGCCCUCAAUGAUCCCACGUUGGGCAUUCUGGCAAAAUCUUCGUUGUCUAACAAAGCACAUCGUUUCUCGACGGCAACACAACAAUUUUCCGUCACGUUCGAAGCCUUGCUGUUGGGCCAUGAAGAUUGGAUCUACACGGCAUCGUGGCACUGCUACAAAAAUCGCCUGCAGCUUCUCUCAGCAAGUGCAGAUAACUCACUAGCCGUCUGGGAGGCGGAUGAGUCAACCGGCAUCUGGAUGUGCGUUGCGCGCCUCGGCGAGAUUUCUGCUCAAAAAGGCUCAACGUCAGCAACCGGAAGCACAGGUGGCUUUUGGGCUGGUCUCUGGUCACCAAAUGCCAGUGCCGUUGUCAGUUUAGGUAGGACGGGAGGCUGGCGCCUUUGGCAAAGAGACAUUUCUGAAGGGUCUGAUCUUUGGAUCCAGAAGCCGGCCGUUACAGGACAUACCAGAGAAGUUAAUGGUUUAGCAUGGUCCAGAGACGGUGCGUACCUGCUGAGUACGGGAAAUGACCAGACAACAAGAUUGCACGCUCAGUGGAGGGUGGAUGGCCGCUCAUCAUGGCACGAAUUCUCACGGCCCCAGAUUCAUGGAUACGAUAUCAAUUGCAUUGACACAAUCACGAACUCUCAAUUCAUCUCAGGCGCGGAUGAGAAGCUUCUUCGCGUGUUUGACGAACCAGAUGGCGUAGCGGACCUGCUGAGCAGCCUCUGUGGUAUCUCCAAGCCGAAAAAUAUUUCCCUCCCCGAUGCAGCAAACAUCCCGGUCCUCGGACUGUCUAACAAGGCCAUCGAAGCCGUCGCCGACGACGAAGCUUCAAUAGCCAUCGGUGAUGAUAGAAAUGCGGUUGACCCUGCGUCAAUUGUGCACAAGUCCACACUCAAACUGGACGAGCCUCCGCUCGAGGACCAUUUAUCCCGACACAUGCUCUGGCCCGAACGAGAGAAGCUCUAUGGCCACGGGUAUGAGAUUAACGUUGUGGCAGCAAGUCAUGAUGCGACACUCGUUGCAACAGCAUGCCGUGCAAGUUCUGUGGACCAUGCAGUAAUACGAUUGUACGACACGAAGGAGUGGAGGGAGGUAAAGCCCGUCCUGAAAGCCCACACUUUGACGGUCACAGGUCUACGUUUCUCACCAGACGACGCAUAUUUGCUGUCCGUGGGAAGGGACAGGCAGUUCUGCUUAUGGAAGCGGAGUGAAACCUCACCUUCGGAGUACAAGCUUGUGCAGAACGAUGCGAAAGCGCACAGCCGAAUGAUUCUCGCGACGUCAUGGGCUCCAGCUGCAGCGGGUCGCAUAUUCGCUACCGGCGGCAGGGACAAGACCGUAAAGAUAUGGAGACUAAGCGACGAAGGUGCGAUAUGUGUGCAGAGUAUAAGUACGGAUGUGCCCGUGACCGCCUUGGCGUUCGUGCCGGAACCGGUCGAUGGCAAGAUCGUGCUUGCGUACGGCUUGGAGAGUGGGCAGCUGUCUAUCUGCUUCGCUUGUUUGAACGAGGGCGAAUACGCUAUCAGCCCCUAUGCACAAUUUGGCGUGCUCCAACAGUCGAAAGCGGUAUUGCAGCUGUCCUGGCGACCGGAGGCAAACACCGAAGGUCAAUUGCGGCAUCAUGACGGUGGAGAGUUAGCAUGGGAUCUUGCCAUCGCCAGCGCAGAUAGCUCGCUACACAUCGCAAGGGUAGAUUUCCGCUUGCAGUAGAUGGAUAUCGACAGCGUCAUCUAGCCUGAUCCCCGAAAUAUCUGCAGAAACGAAGGGGAUUCGAAUGUGCAACAGACCAAGUCAGAGCUUGUUUGCUUUGAAAUGCAUCUCAGAACAAAAGGCCCGCAUCAAAACGAAAAAAACUCCUUCUUCCACGACAUUUUUACCACACUGUAAUAUGAGGGUACACAAUUCUGGCUACCGCUGAGCUUCAACUCAUCGAUUCCAAUCGAAACUCUACCACAUGAAUAGAAAAGGACAAGUGAAGUGCCCGAGUGCGCUUGUUUAAGAUCGCUGUCCACAGACGCGUCCGUGUCAUUAAUAUUCUAUCUUUCAUUGUGUGACUGCGCCUCGGUACGUGAGU